AUGAAGAUAUAUUAUGAACUUCGUUGUUCAUCAUCCUCAUCAUCAAAUUUAUCAACAAAAAUUAUAAUGAUUAUGGGUGCAUAUGCAACAUUAAGACAUUUCGAUGAACAAGUCGAAUAUCUUAUUGAACAUUAUCCAUCAUCAAUAGAAAUAUUGACUUAUGAUCAUCGUGGAAUUGGUCACUCAAAAACACCAACAACAAUUGUCACAUCAGAACGACAAACAUCAAGUCUAUUAGCUCGUGAUGCUUAUCAAUUAAUUAACCAUGUAUGGGGUAGUCAAGCUCCAGUUCAUGUCUUAGGUGUGAGUUUAGGUGGAAUGGUAGCACAAGAAUUAGCUGUGCUAUUAAUACCCGAACAACGUCUUUUAUCGCUUUAUCUGGGAAUUACAAUUCGUGGUUCUUAUAUUCGAUUGUUGGCAUUAUUACCAAGAUGGGUUUUUUCUCGAAUAAUACUGCCUUAUUUCGCGAUGAAACCAGAUAAUGAACAAAUGCUACGUUCAAUGAUACCAUUAGUAUUUAAUGGAAUAGCGGAAGAAGAAAUGGAGGAACUUAUUAAAAAAUGGUUAAAUGAUUGUGACAAAUGGUUUAUAUUUCGAGAUAUUGAUGGAUGUUCACAACAGAAUGUUAUUUUUCAAUCGCAUUAUUUAACGGAUGAACAUGCACAACAGAUCAAAGAUGCACACAUACCGGUGACAGUACAAAUAGCCAUGCAAGAUAAACUUUUACCACCUAAAAAACAACAAGAAUUAGCUGAUUUACUCAAUGCAAAAACAGUGGUAAUGGAAGACUCUGGUCAUAUGUUCAAUAAACAAAAUCGAUUAAAAUUUUCUGAAAAUGUUCUUCAACAUAUUCAAAAUGCAACUGCUUGA